CUUUGCAUUCAACAUCAAAAACAACUUCACAGACAUAGAAACACAUAGGUAAAGAUUCUUAAACAAAGGAUGGCAAACUUCCCCUUGAUUAACAUGGAGAAACUGAAUGGUGAAGAGAGAAGUGCUACAAUGGAGUUGAUCAAGGAUGCUUGUGAAAACUGGGGAUUCUUUGAGUUGUUGAACCAUGGGAUUUCUCAUGAAUUACUGGACAAAGUUGAGAAAAUGACGAAGGAGCAUUACAAGAAAUGUAUGGAGCAGAGGUUUAAAGAUAUGGUGGCAGCUAAAGCAUUAGAAGGUCUGAAGGCAGAAGUUACCGACAUAGAUUGGGAGAGCACUUUCUUCUUACGUCAUCUUCCGACUUCAAACAUAUCAGAAGUCCCUGAUCUUGAAGACGAAUACAGGAAUCUAAUGAAGGAUUUUGCUGGCAAACUAGAGAAAUUAGCAGAAGAGCUUUUGGAUUUGUUGUGUGAGAAUCUUGGAUUAGAGAAAGGUUAUCUAAAGAAAGCGUUUCAUGGAUCAAAAGGUCCAAAUUUUGGAACGAAAGUUAGUAAUUAUCCUCCAUGCCCGACGCCGGACUUGAUCAAGGGUCUCCGAGCACACACCGACGCCGGCGGUAUCAUUUUACUCUUCCAAGACGAUAAAGUCAGCGGUCUUCAGCUUCUAAAAGACGGUGAAUGGAUCGAUGUUCCACCCAUGCGUCACUCCAUCGUCAUCAAUCUUGGUGACCAAAUUGAGGUGAUUACUAAUGGAAAGUAUAAGAGUGUGAUGCAUAGAGUUAUUGCUCAAACAGAUGGAACAAGAAUGUCGAUAGCGUCUUUUUAUAAUCCCGGGAAUGAUGCUGUGAUUUUUCCGGCGCUGGCGUUGUUGACGGAGGCCACCGAGAAAGAACAAUCGUACCCGAAGUUUGUGUUUGAUGAUUACAUGAAACUGUAUGCAAAAUUGAAGUUUCAGGCGAAGGAGCCAAGGUUUGAAGCUAUGAAAGGUGUUGAAGCUAACGUGAGUUUGGAUCCUGUUGCGACAGCUUAGAAGAUGUUAUGGUUUGAACUUUGAAGAAUAGAAAUUUGGGCUCAGAUCGGGUUGACUGCCCGCCGGUUAUUGAGAUCCGGUUAUAGGGCCGUUUUAUUUUUGUUAUUUUUAUUAUUUUUUGAAAUUUUUAUUCUUAACUUUUAUAUAAGGUCAUUUUGGCUAUUUUUUUUUUUUGACUUGUGUGUAAAUAUAGGUAAGUUUGUUUGAUAUAGUUUGACCGUUUUGUGAUCUUGGAUCUCAAAUUUCUUAAUAUCAGACUCUCAUAUUUGUAUUCUUAA